AGUAUGGCACCGCCAACAGCGCAAGCCAUUCGGCAGCUGUACCACUCAACAUUGCGUGCUUCGCGCUCAUUCAGCUCAUACAACUUUCGUCAGUACUUCUUGCAGAGGACGAAUGAUACGUUUCGGGAGAUUCAGAGAGAGAAAGACCCUAAUCGCGUGGGGGCACUGUACGCCAAUGCCGUCCAAGAGUUCACGGUCCUCCAGCGUAGCGCGAUAGUGAACCGGCUAUACGGUGGCUGGCGGCUUGUAGUCGAAAAUCAGAAGCCUGCACGCCUUCGUGCUGACACGUAAAUGUUCUCCGGUUCGUACUUGCAUACGAGUCAUGUUGUGAAGUGAUAAUAGAAGAUGUGAUGUCAGAAAGUUUGCACAUCAGUAUUGAUGCAACAUUGUUUUACUUGUAUUUCUGCGUAGCAUUUAAUUGCAUUGAUUC